AUCUUGGGGCUGGGAGGCAGUUAUAAAGAGGCAGGCAGAGGUGGCUCUAUCUUUCUCUCCUUCACCACCUUGACAACAGGAUGAAAGUCCUCGUGCUUGCCGCUCUGCUCUCAGUGGCCGCUGCGGAGAGCAGCGAAGACUCACGGUCAGUGCUGCAACUCCGCCAAAUGAUCAAGUGCACGAUCCCCGACAGUAACCCGGCGCUGGACUUCGCUGACUACGGCUGCUACUGCGGCCUGGGAGGAUACGGCACCCCCGUGGAUGCCCUGGACAGGUGCUGCCAGGUACACGACGAAUGCUACUCGAAAUCCAGGAAAUUGGAAAGCUGUAGAUAUAUCCUGGACAACCCCUACACCAGAAGAUACUCGUUCUCAUGCUCUGGCACAGAGGUCACCUGCAACAGCAGUAAAAACAAUGAGUGCCAGGAAUUCCUCUGCAAUUGUGACCGCACUGCUGCCAUCUGCUUUUCCCAGUCCCCAUAUAACAAAGAAUACCACAAUCUGGAUCUCGACAAGUUCUGUCAGAAAUAAAUACUGCCUCUGAAAAGAGUUCUGCCCUACCUGCCUCGUGGCUUCCCUGUUACACUGUGCCCUCUAAUAAAGCACCUAUUAAAAGUCUCAUGUUUGGAGAUUUUUACU